AUGUGGAUUUGCUAUAGGUAUCGCCACACUUUGGGGAAGUUUUGGAGAAGUGCAAAGGUAACAUGUCAGUAUCCCGAUCAUAGUGGUGUCAGGAAGCGUAUCCAAGGCAGAGAUGUAAUUACCUUGCAUAUGUCUCAGGACAUUCAAAAGCUGUUUGGAGUUAUUAUUCCAGUUGAAUCAGCUCUCUGUGUCCCAUGCCGUAAGAGGCACAAGAAAAAAGUUGAUGAUAGUGAGUCUUGGCUGAGACAAGAAGAAUCAGAGAAGAACCUACGGUCCCCCGAAACGCCACUUUUAAACACGAGACAACUAAGUAACAGUUUCCAGGAUCCAAGGGGAGCAAAAGAGAGAACAAUUUUCUGUGUAGUUAGGUAAGGCGACAUGCCGGCUUUACACUUCUUCCGGCGUGAUAACGAUAAUGAUGACAACAAUGGGUAAAAAGCACCGUCCGCUAUUGAGGACGAUUAUCAUAGUUAUAAACAAAUCUCACUUAUAGUCCUGAAAAAAAUCUCAGGGGGUCCUUUGAACCAUCCACUUCAUCUCGCCAGAAGUCAAAGUUGCCUACACUCCUUCUAAGGUUCGUGCGAUGUUACGACGAAUUUUCAAUUCCGGUGUGUUGCAUGCGCGACUUUUGAUAGGAAAAACCUGCACGCGCCAUAACUAAAAAGA